AUGGCCGAGGUGGAAAUUGCGCCAUCCUUCGGCACAGUCCUCAAGGUUGUCAUUGAUGGCUUCAAACCGGCCAAUGUCUAUGUGGCCAACAACAUUGCCUUCUUCGACGAUGUCCAAGCUUACUUUCGCGAACGGAGCGCCGCCGAGAAACGAUAUAGUGCCGAGCUCAGCGCGAUAGCAAAGAAGUACUACGACAAGAAAGCCAAAAAGUCAACGAGCUUGAGUGUCGGCGAUACCCCUACAAUGACCCCUGGGUCCCUUGAGAGUGCCUCGAUGACUACAUGGUCUACGAUCCUAACGAAGCUUGAACUGGUCGCCAGCGAACACGACCGUCUCGCGACCGAGUUUGUCACCAAGAUUGCGGACCCGAUCAAAGACGUGGCCAUGAAACUGGAUGCGCAACGCAAGCGCCAAGUCGAAUAUGCUGAAAAGCUCGAAAAAGAAAAGGAAGUCCAGUAUGCCGCACUGCAGAAAGUCAAGACCAAGUACGACUCGGUAUGCCAGGAUGUCGAGAGCAAACGCAAAAAGUCAGAGUCAGCAUUCGACAAGGCAAAGGCGCAAAGUUCGUUCCAACAUCAGCUACAAGAGAUGAACAACACGAAGAACACCUACCUGAUCGCCAUCAACGUUACCAACAAGCAAAAGGAGAAGCACUACCACGAAUUCCUUCCCGAAGUCAUGGACAACCUGCAAGAUAUUGCCGAGUUCCGCACAAUGAAGUUGAACGGGUUCUGGUCUGAAGCCACUCAGCUCGAGUUUUCCAUGCUUCAGAACUGCAGUGGUGAGGUUGAUCACAUGGCCAAGGAGAUUGUGCGGAAUGAACCUCAGCUAGAUUCGAUGAUGUACAUGCAGCACAAUACAGGCGCUUUCCAGGAGCCUCCCGACAAGGUCUUUGAGCCAAGCCCAGUAUGGCACGACGACGAGUCCAUGGUUACGGACGAGCCAGCCAAGAUCUAUCUGCGCAACGUGCUGAACAAGUCAAAGGGCCAACUCGGGGAAUUGCGGCGCGAAGUUGAUAAGAAGAGGCGAGAAGUGGAAGCAGCAAAGCGAGCGAAACAGAGGGUGCUAGAAGGGACAGAGCAAACACAGGAUGAGUUCUUCGUUCUCACACAGCUCUUUUUGCAGCAAGAGGACCUGCAUCAGGUCGACCGGAAGCGGUUGACAGCAGAGGUCGAGACGUCUACGAUUACUUCAGCCGUUGGUGACGUGACACUGGGUGCCAAGAGCCACAACUUCAAGUCGCAAACCUUCAAGAUUCCCACCAACUGCGACUUGUGCGGAGAGAGGAUGUGGGGCUUGACAGCCAAGGGCUUCGAUUGCCGGGACUGCGGGUAUACUUGCCAUAGCAAAUGCGAGAUGAAGGUGCCAGCGGAAUGCCCAGGGGAGCUGAACAAGGAGGAGCGUAAAAAGUAUAAGCAGGAACGACAAGAGCUGGCCAACCAGCUGCUCAAGCCUACCGCAUCGUCGAGCCAUGUUAACGAGAUGCCGGAUCUCACUCGGUCAAACACAGUCAGCUCUGUGCGUUCUGGGUAUGCGGCCAGCGCUCAAAGAUCGAUUUCGGGGCCCAUUUCUCCUGGCGACGAUGCCCCUCCAGAUGUUCCUAAUACAAGGCCACCGGCAGCCUCCCCAGCACCGUCUAGUGCACCCCGGAAGAAUCGCAUCCUGGCUCCGCCACCGCCCGCAUUCAUUAGCGAACUGCCAGGAAGCGCGCCUAACGGUGGUGGGCAUCAGGAACAAAAGGCAAAGAUGCUCUACACCUUCGAGGCUGGAGGUGAGGGCGAACUCUCGGUGCCCGAGGGAAGAGAACUCGUGGUCUUGGAACCAGAUACUGGAAGCGGGUGGACAAGGGUGCGGGCGGGCUAUAAGGAAGGCAAUGUACCGACAUCAUACGUCGAGAUACUACCACCGUCUACUCCUACGGCUCUCGUACCACAGCACACGGGCCAAUCGGGCCGGCCGCCAUCGACUUACUCCAACAGCGGCUCAUCCAUCGCGGCAUCGACGAAGAAGAAGGGACCUGCAGUGGCACCAAGACGUGGAGCCAAGAAGCUGCAGUAUGUUGAGGCGCUGUACGAUUAUCAGGCUGGUAGCGACACGGAGCAUAGCAUGGCUGUGGGCGAGAGAUUCGUUCUGAUCAAGGAGGACCAAGGAGACGGGUGGGCAGAGGUCGAGAAGGGAGGAGUGACAAAGAGUGUCCCUGCGAACUACGUCCAGGUUGUCUAG